AUGGACUCAUUGGGCCCACCAGAGACAAUGGAAACUCAAAGCCCAAGGAAACGUAAAAAGGAAAGGCAAGCCAGCCCAGCCCAUUCAACUGUGGACCUCAUUAAUGAGCAGAAGAUGGAAAAUGACCCUUGGGAUAUGCCUGAACUGAAUGACACUGGAGUCCCCUGGUCAGCUCUGGACACCAAAGCUAAAGUGCUCAGAGUGGUCCUGGCUAUUGGGAAAUUGUGCCUGUUACUGGGAUUUCUCUACAUGUUCAUUUGCUCGCUUGACGUCCUCAGCUCUGCGUUCCAGCUGGUGGGAGGAAAAGUAGCAGGAGAUAUUUUACAAGACAACAGUAUUUUGGCAAACCCAUUAGCGGGACUGGUCAUAGGUGUUUUGGUGACCCUUCUUGUCCAAAGUUCAUCUACCUCCUCCUCCAUAGUUGUCAGUAUGGUUUCAUCAAAACUACUCACAGUCCAGUUGGCUGUUCCUAUUAUUAUGGGAACCAACAUUGGUACUUCUGUCACCAACACCCUCGUGGCUAUGACACAGGCUGGUGAUCGGAAUACAUUUCGUAGAGCUUUUGCUGGGGCCACAGUUCAUGACUUCUUCAACUGGCUCUCAGUGCUGGUGCUGCUGCCAUUGGAGGUGGCUACAGGUUAUUUGUAUAUAGUCACAAAACUCAUCAUAGACUCCUUCAAUAUCCAGACCGGAGAGGCACCAGAACUGCUCAAUGUGAUUACAGAUAUAGUCACAGAAUCCAUUAUUCAGCUAGAUAAAACAGUGAUCAAUGAAAUUGCCGCUGGAAACCCAGAGGCCAGAAACAAGAGUCUCAUUAAGAAAUGGUGCAAAACCUUUUCCAACAUGACUUUGAUGAAUGUAACAGUUCCUGGUCCAGAAAACUGCACUUCUCCAUCUCUCUGUUGGUUUGAUGGAAAUAAGACAACGACAUUGAAGAAUGUAUCUGAAACGUACAACAUAGAAAAGUGUAAGCACCUUUUUGUGGACGUAGCACUGACUGACCUGGCUGUGGGUCUGAUCCUGCUUGCUCUGUCCCUCCUGGUGCUGUGCUCAUGCCUGAUCCUCAUCGUCAAACUGCUCAACUCAAUGCUCAAAGGACAGGUGGCAAACGUCAUCAAGACCAUCCUGAACACUGAUUUUCCAUUCCCCUUCGGCUGGGUUGUGGGAUACAUCGCCAUCUUGGUCGGUGCCGGAAUGACGUUUAUAGUGCAAAGCAGCUCAGUUUUUACAUCUGCCAUUACUCCACUUGUCGGUAUUGGCGUGAUCAGCAUAGAAAGAGCCUAUCCACUGUCCCUUGGGUCUAAUAUAGGCACCACCACCACAUCUAUCCUGGCCGCCAUGGCAAGUCCAGCAGAAUCACUUGCCAAUGCAUUACAGAUUGCGCUGGUGCAUUUCUUGUUCAAUAUAAGUGGCAUAAUCCUGUGGUACCCAAUUCCCUUCACUAGAAUUCCCAUUCGUCUAGCCAAAAGCCUGGGCAGCAUCACAGCCAAUUACCGCUGGUUUGCUGCAGUCUACAUCAUCUUGUGCUUCUUCAUUUUGCCCUUGUUUGUCUUUGGGCUUUCAGUGGCAGGGUGGAAGGUCUUGGUGGGCGUGGCGUCCUGGGACAAAGUGGUGGAUGUGUUUGUCACCAAAUGCUGCUGCUGCUGUAAAUGCUGUCAGCUGCCGGUGGGAGAGGACACAGAGCAGAUGAAGGCUUAUGACAAUCUUGCUGUGACGACCGAGGGAGAAGUAGACAAAAUGAACAACAGCAAAAUAGAUCAAAUGGAGCUAAAAAUGACCAAGCUUUGA